UUAAAUCGGUCGGUCAAAAAAAUAUUUUUUUAGAAAAAAAGUGAAGUUAAUUUUUAUUCUAUUGUGAGGAAUUUGUCCGAGCAAGAUGAAGGCAAUUAUUGUGUUAACAAUUUCCUUGGGCCUUGUUUAUUGUGCAGAACUUGGCCACUUUGGAGGAGGUCUCGGUAGCAAUCACGAGACACAACAUAAGCAGACAGUUGAGGAAGCACGAAAAACUGCCUUUUCAAAACUUUCUGAUUCUGGCGUGUCUGAUUCUCAUUUCAAUACUGCUAGCUUUGGAUCAAGCGGUUUCGGAAGCAGCGGAUUCGGAUCUUCUUUCGGAGGAAGUAGGAUGUCAUCUCGCAUGUCAGCAGGAGAUGAUGUAGAAACAUUCGGAUCAAGCUUUGGCGGAAGCGGAUGUGCUGCUCCUUGCAUCAGUACCGGAGGAGGUAGCUCAGGAAGUUUCUAUUCAAAGAAAUUCUCUGAGACAAAGUCCGUUCCUCAACCUGUUGUAUCUGGCGGAUCUUAUCAUCGUUCGGAAUUCAGUGAAAGCAAAUCUGCUCCAAUCGUUCAACCUGUUGUUUCCGGAGGAUCUUAUCAUCGUUCUGAAUUCAGCGAAUCAAAAUCUGCUCCAAUUGUUCAACCUGUUGUUUCCGGAGGAUCUUACCAUCGUUCAGAGUUCAGCGAAAGCAAAUCUGCUCCAGUUGUUCAACCUGUUGUUUCGGGAGGAUCAUACCAUCGUUCAGAGUUCAGUGAAUCGAAAGCCUUGCCUACACCUGUUUACACCUCAGGCGGUUCAUCAUACCACAAAUCCGAGAAAUUCUCUGAAAGUCGCUCCAUGCCACAACCUGUUGUCUCUGGAGGAUCUUACCAUCGCUCCGAAUUCAGUGAAUCGAAAUCUGCCCCAAUCAUUCAACCAACUGUUGGAUCUUAUUCUCGAUCUGAAUUCUCUGAAAGAAGCCAAGCCAUGCCUCAACCAAUCAUCUCGGGAGGAUCUUACCAUCGUUCAGAGUUCAGCGAAUCCAAAUCUGCUCCAAUGAUUCAACCAACUCCCGCCAGCUCUUAUCACCGUUCCGAAUUCAGUGAAUCAAAGUCGGCUCCAAUUAUCCAACCAACCAUCUCUGGAGGAUCUUACCAUCGCUCAGAGUUCAGUGAAUCAAAAUCUGCUCCCAUCAUUCAGCCUACCAUCUCUGGAGGAUCUUACCAUCGUUCAGAAUUCAGUGAAUCGAAAUCCGCUCCAAUUGUUCAACCCGUAGUUUCCGGAGGAUACUCCCGUCAUGAGUUCAGUGAAUCAAAAUCUGCUCCCAUCAUUCAACCAACCAUCUCUGGAGGAUCUUACCAUCGUUCAGAAUUCAGUGAAUCCAAAUCCGCUCCAAUGGUUCAACCCGUAGUUUCCGGAGGAUAUUCCCGUCAUGAGUUCAGUGAAUCAAAAUCCGCUCCAAUUGUUCAACCCGUUGUUUCCGGAGGAUCUUAUCAUCGCUCAGAGUUCAGUGAAUCGAAAUCUGCUCCAGUUGUUCAACCCGUUGUUUCCGGAGGAUCUUACCAUCGCUCAGAAUUCAGUGAAUCGAAAUCUGCUCCAGUUGUUCAACCCGUUGUUUCCGGAGGAUCUUACCAUCGUUCGGAAUUCAGUGAAUCCAAGAGCGCUGUUCCAGUUGUUCAACCCUCAGCUAGCUCUCGUUACUCCUUCGAAGAAAAAUCAUCAGGUAGCAGCGGAUUCGGAAGCGGAGGUCAUUCAUUCUCAUCUCGUUUCUCGGAAGGAGGUCUUGGAGGACAUUCAAGCUUCGGAUCAUCUGGUUUUGGAUCAUCUAGCUUCGGAUCAUCAUCUUUCGGAGGACACUCCAACGAAUUGUCGGGGUUUAUCAGCGAAUCUGAACGCUUAGCUCGCUUGCAAGCAAAGAACGCCAAUGGAGGAGUCUUACACGGAAGCUCUGUCGUCGAUGAAAGUUCACUUGGAUCACGCUUUGGAAACUAUGAAUCUGAUUCUUUCGGAACAUUGGGCGCCGGAAAAUCUUUCACCAAAAUCUCAACAGCUGAAAGCGAAUCUCGUACUGUCAAUGGACAAACCAGCGGAUACAAAGCUGCCACAACAACCUUAGACAAUGAUGGAACUGUCUCAACUUACAGCAUCCACACCUAAGUUUAAACCGAAAAGCUCUUAGAUGUCGUCCCAUGCUCGAAACGACUGAUUAAAACACAUCCUUUAACCAAUUUUGCUUAUCAUAACUUUUAAUACUACGAAAUAUGUAACAGUUUUUCUAUAUAAAAAGUAAAUAAAAGUACAUAGUUUAACUUUCUCGUGA